UUGACAUUUGAAAAAACCAAAAUCGAUAAGUGCAGUUCGCAAUGUAAGAAACGAGUUAAGUAUAAUAUUUCGUACAAUACAUUUGACUACAAUUUACGAAAUGGCUGCUAGGAAAGCCAUACAAGUUGGCACUAAAACAGUAAGGCCAGUUCUUUCCCUAGACUCAUCAGAAGCUAGAUCAAGAGUAAUGAGUCUUUAUAAAGCUUGGUAUCGUCAAAUACCAUACAUAGUCAAAGACUACGACAUACCAAAAUCUGAGCAGCAGUGCCGUGCUAAGCUAAAGGAAUAUUUUCAUAAGAACAAAGCUGUGAAUGAUAUCAGAGUUAUUGAUUUGCUUGUAAUUAAGGGUCAAAUGGAAUUAAAAGAAGUUAUUCAUAUUUGGAAACAAAAGGGUCAUAUAAUGACCUACUUCAAACCAACUGAGGAACCAAAACCAAAGGACUUCCUUUCCAAGUUCUUUUCAGGAUUAGAAUAAGUCAAUGUAUAAAAAGAUCAUUAUAUAUAGUUAAUAUAGAUUUUUAAUUCA